UUUAAAUCAUUAAUAUCAUUGCGCACUGAAGGUAGAGUCAGGAGGAUGCCGUCGUGGAAACGCAAGGGUAAGAGCGGCUCGAAGAAAGAGGGCGAGCCAUCCACCGCUCAGACCCUUCUCUCUGUCGUCAACAAUGCAAGCAACCUCAGUCUACCGACUCUGUCGACGCUGCCAUCACUGCCAAUCUCUCGCCCACAAACACCGAACCAGCCAGAGCGGCAGCAGCAGCAGCAGCAAAACUCCCCAGAGCAAAUCCCGUCGCCCGAAGAUCUCCGCCGCAAAGCCAAACGCGACGCGGCCUUUGGUCCUCUCGAGUCUCCGUCACAUCUCUGCGUCUCGCGGCAUCCCGGCGGCCACCUUGCUGACGCAGUCGUCGAUGAACCGCCAUAUUUCUACCUCUUCACAACCUAUAUCAGUUUCCUCAUCCUGAUCUUCGUCGGUCACAUACGAGACUACAUCGCAAAAUGGUUCACCCCGCACAAAUACCGCCAUCUGAUGGCUCGGAAUGGCUAUGCGCCGUUGUACAGUGAUUUCGAUAGUUUCUACACUCGUCGAUUGAAAUUACGGAUUAAUGACUGUUUUGACCGCCCGACUACAGGCGUUCCAGGCCGUUAUAUCACCUUGCUGGAUCGGGAGACGGAUGAUAAUCUGCAUUUUAGACUCAAGGGCACAACGACGGAUACAUUGAAUUUGUCCUCGUACAAUUACUUGGGAUUUGCUCAGAGCGAAGGCCCAUGUGCGGACUUCGCCGAGGAGACCGUCAGAAGGGAUGGUAUUAGUAUGACGGGAACUAUUGGAGAUGCGGCUACGACAAGUCUGCAUGUUGAGGUGGAGCGGCAGAUUGCGCGGUUUGUUGGCAAGGAAGAUGCUGUUGUCUUUUCAAUGGGAUUCGUCACGAAUGCCACGACAUUCCCGGCUAUUGUGGGAAAAGGCUGUCUUAUUUUGUCGGACGAAUUGAAUCAUGCUUCGAUUCGUUUUGGAGCGCGAAUGUCCGGUGCUAGUAUCCAGGUCUUUGCACAUAAUAGUAUGACGGAUCUCGAGAAGAAAUUGAGAGACGCAAUCUCGCAGGGCCAGCCACGUACCCACAGACCAUGGAAGAAGAUUGUUGUUACCGUCGAAGGUCUCUAUUCAAUGGAAGGCACGAUGGUGAAUCUUCCUCGAAUCAUGGAGCUGAAAAAGCGAUAUCGGUUUUAUCUCUUCGUGGACGAAGCGCAUUCAAUCGGUGCCGUUGGCCCCCGCGGCCGUGGCGUAUGUGAUUACUUCAAAAUCGAUCCCGCCGAAGUUGACAUCCUGAUGGGCACAUUCACCAAAUCUUUUGGCGCGAACGGGGGCUAUAUCGCAGCUGACAAGGCCAUCAUCGAUAAGAUCCGAUGCACCAACGCCGGCCAAAUAUACGGCGAGGCCCCGACACCACCCGUUCUCGCGCAAAUUCUGAGCUCUGUCCGACUCAUCGCCGAUGAGGAUCCUCUGCACUCAGGCGAGGGCCAGGAACGUCUGCAGCGUCUAGUCUUUAAUUCUCGCUAUCUUCGCUUGGGUCUGAAACGUCUCGGUUUCAUUGUCUAUGGUCACGACGACUCUCCCAUCAUCCCAGUUAUGCUGUACAAUCCCGCCAAAAUGCCCGCUUUCUCGCACGAGAUGCUCAAACGCAAGAUCUCCGUUGUCGUGGUGACAUACCCUGCCACGCCAUUGGAACUGUCGCGCGCAAGACUGUGUAUCAGCGCCUCCCAUACCAAGCAGGACCUGGAUCGUUUUCUUGUUGCCUGUGACGAGGUUGGCGAGGCUCUACAGAUCAAGUUCUCGUCCGGCGUUGCUGGCGGGCUACGCGAGAGACCUGUUCCAGGAGAUGCAAAGAAUGCUCAGAUUCUCGAGAAGCCACGUUGGACUGUUAAGGAGGUGAUUGAGAGGGGAGUGAAGGAUGUACAGGGGACAUUGUACUAACAAAUAAUAGUAUCUUGUAAAUAUGGUCUAUGGGCCAUGAUCGAUUUAUGUAAUAGCUAAUGUUAAUAACCAUGUGAAUAAUAAAAAAUAACGACAAUAAUAGAACAUUUCAGAAUCAC